AUGGCCGAAUACAGUAUUCCGGCUGAAAAUCAGCUAUGGCGGCUCUUCCAAGCUAUCGACCACGACAAAAACGGCCAUCUCGAUAAGCAGGAACUGAAAGAUGCAUUCUCCAAUGCUGGCUUGACCGUACCGAGCUCCAAACUAGAUCAGUUCUUUGCCGAUGUAGACACAAACAGAGACGGGGUCAUCAGCUUCGACGAGUGGAGGUAUGCCUUUUCGUAUACACCCUCAUUUAUCCACUGCCACCACUACGCUGCUAACACACCAGAAGAGACUUUCUCCUCUUUCUCCCCGACACCCAUAACCUCCGUUCCGUUAUAUCGUACUACUCCGCAACCGGCACCCUCAAUCCCGAAGGAGACGUGCACAUUAACAAGACUCUGCAAGGAUCAGGGAUUAGAAGUGGAACUAGAGUUCAUCACCGUCCCUUCUCUCGUCAGAUUAUGGCUGUCGUACCGCUACCUAGAAGAAGUAUUGACCGAAACCACCCCCCAUGUAGGCUACUUCCUUGCCGGCGGGAUGGCCGGCGUUGUCUCCCGAACCGCUACCGCGCCUUUUGAUCGGUUGAAGGUCUACCUCAUCGCCCAAACAAGUACGAACAGCGCGAAGAGUGCAGCCAUCAACGCAGUCAAGGCCGGUGCGCCGGUUAAGGCCGUGGGGUGGUUGUCUUGGCCUAUCGUCGAGGCCACAAAGGAGCUAUGGCGUGCUGGAGGCAUCAGGAGUCUUUUUGCCGGAAAUGGCCUGAAUGUCGUCAAGGUCAUGCCCGAGUCAGCUAUCAAGUUUGGUGCAUACGAAGCUUCAAAACGCUUUUUCGCCAGUCUUGAAGGCCAUGGUGACACGAAGAAUUUGCUACCCAUCUCACAAUUCCUAUCCGGUGGCAUUGGUGGCAUGAUUUCCCACCGCAUGCAAUGUGAGACCGUACAAGGUGGCCUGCAUGGCAAUCAACUUAUAUACUCCACUGCCUCUAAAAUGUGGCAAACAAACGGCAUAUCAGGCUACUUCCGAGGUCUCCCCCUCGGCUUACUGGGGAUGUUCCCAUUCGCCGCCAUCGACCUUAUGACUUUCGAAUAUCUAAAAUCAACCCUGGUAUCACGCAGUGCGCGACUAGCUCACUGCCACGAAUCUGACGUGCAGCUAAGCAACUUCUCAACUGGAGCCAUCGGCGCAUUCAGCGGUGCAUUGAGCGCGUCCAUUGUUUACCCACUUAACGUGCUGCGUACUCGGCUCCAGGCCCAGGGUACCGUGCUGCAUAAGCCCACCUACACCGGCAUUGUGGACGUGACUGUACGCACAGUGCGGAGCGAAGGUGUCUACGGUCUCUUCAGAGGACUAACUCCAAACCUGCUAAAAGUCGUCCCGUCUGUAUCAAUCAGCUAUAUUGUCUACGAAAACUCAAAGCGGUUAUUCGGUCUAUCUUAA